AUGGAAUUCUGCCAAACCACACUCGCGAAUUACCUUUCACAACGACAGAGCGUGGAUCGGUUGGGAAAUCUGGUCAUCGCGCUGAAGCUGAUUUCAGGUCUGCGGUAUUUACACCGACGUGGCAUCCUGCAUCGUGAUAUUAAGCCGUCAAACGUCCUUUUGGACUUUCGCUGUCAGCAUGCAAACAUCGAUGGCAGUAGUAGUAGUAGCUUGGAUGCCGAAUCCGAUGCUGAAGACACGGAAGAAGUCUCAUCAGGUGCUGAUGCGUGCAAUCUAGGAAGGCGGAAUACUGUUUGGCGAGAAGAGGUUGAUGCUGCCAAUCAUACUACAGGGGCUCUUGUCCCUGCAAGGCAGAAAGCUGGCCUAAACUAUCUUUUGUACCCCAAUGGACUCUGGCAAGGCGCUAUACCUUCACCAACGGGAGAACAUCCAAACAUGCACACGAUAUUUCCAUUUAAAGCACCCUUUCAGGAUUCCUACCACGAGACAUCUCGCAUUCUGGCUAUCCAGACCGAUAUUAUUGAGCCUAGUUACGAUGAUGAAGCGAUUUCUUCACUCUUGAAUACCCCACAUAGUAAUGCCGAUGAGCUUAUAAUGCAGAACCGGCGGUAUCUUUCGGCUCCUCAGUCCACCAUCUCCUCCACCGUUAGCGUGGAUGCUUCCGUUAGUAUUGAACAAUCCUCCAUUAUGGAAGCUGAGGUGCGUAAAACAUUUAAAUGGUUGCAGCGGACACUAGUGCAGGUUCGACUGAGCGACUUUGGCCUUGCAAAGCUUGUUGAUCAUACCAGGUUUCGCACUAUGGAUACGCACUAUUUCGAUACUAUGGCUGUGAAUACUACAGGUGUGGGGUCGCCGCUUUAUUCCAGUCCCGAGCAGCUUCGUGGUGGGGCCUGCACGGCUGCCUCUGAUGCUUUCUCCUUAGGGAUAUUGUUCGCAGAGAUGUACAUCCUCCCUAAGACAACAGCGGAGCGCCUUGAUGUGCUUCGUAAUGUUCGAGAGGCUCUUUCUCCUAGUGACGAAAUGCUCUGCGCGUACCCCGAGCUUUCGGUAGUCCGAGAUCUUACGAGAAGUAAUUCUACCGAACGGCUUAGUUUAGUGAAGGCGCAUAAUCGAUUGCGGGAACAUCUUUACCAGCUUCUUGAGCAAUUGUACAAAACUCAUUUCUCUUUUAAACAAAAAGGUUGA